AUGAUUAAGGAAUUGUUUAAAAAGGCCUCAAGAAGUUCUGUAGCAAGAUAUCAUGAUAGAUCUAGAAGUAAAUCCAUAAGCCGUAGACAUGACGAUAGAGUAAACAGUAGAGAUAGAUCAACUUCCAAAUCACGGAAAUCUAAAUAUAGGUCCAAAAGUCGAGAGAAGAAAAGUAAACACAAGAAAAAGAAAAGGGAACGAGGAAGUAGUACUUCAAGUACAUCAAGUGAUAGUGAUAAUGAUGAACUUAAGUUACUGCAAAGGCUUCAAGCUGAAAGAAUGCGAAUAAAAGAAGAAAAACGAAAACAAAAAGAACUUAUGAAAGCAAAUGAAACUCCUGAAGAAAAGAGGUCAAGACGUUUAAAAGAAAAACAAGAGAAAGAACGCAAGAGAAGGGAGAGAAUGGGGUGGGACAACGAAUAUCAGUGUUAUACUAAUCAGGACAAUCCCUUUGGUGACUCAGCUCUCACCAACACAUUUGUCUGGAGUAAGAAACUGGCUAAAGAAGGUGUCAAAACAGUUUCCCGUGAAGAAUUAGAAGCUUUUAACAGACAAAAACAAUUAGAAAAUAAAAUAGAAUUGGAAAAGGUCAAGCAGCGUCGACUAGAACGCGAAGCCGAACGUGUAGCACGUGAAGCAGAGACAGCUGCGGCCGCUCGUGCGCGUGAGGCUGCCCAAUUCGAUAGUUGGGCGCGACAGGAAGACGCCUUCCAUUUGCAACAGGCUCGUCUACGUUCACAGAUACGAAUCCGUGACGGACGAGCGAAGCCGAUUGAUCUGUUGGCUUGGUAUGUAAGCUCGGAGCAGUGUGUAGACGCCCUAGAGAUGCACGAACCCUACACGUACCUCAACGGACUACAGGCUGCAGACCUAGAGGACCUUUUGGAAGACAUCAAGGUGUACAAGGAGCUCGAGCAAGCGGAGUCCCUCAGUUAUUGGGAGGAUGUCGAGACCAUCGUGGCAGCUGAGCUGGGCCAACUUCGAAGGCAAGCUGAACCGCGCGCUGCCCGUGAUGGCGUACACACCGCCGUCGCAGGAGAUGUGCAGCAGAUAUUUAAGGGAAAAUCGGGAGCGCAGCUGGAAGCGCUACAGCAACAAAUUGCCCAGAAGCUGUCGGCGCGUUGCACUGGUGUAGAUGUUGGGUACUGGGAGACUUUACUUGCCCAACUCAAAGCUCACAUGGCGCGAGCGCGUCUUCGCGACCGACACCAGCUCAAUUUGCGUCGCAAGCUGCACAUGCUCAAGACAGAGCAAGGCGUGCGUCCGUCCGACCAGGCCGUUGACACCAAGGAACCUGCGGAAGUGCAACCGCAAGUAAAGCACGAGGAGGAGCCUCGGCAAGAAAAGGCAGAGGCGCCUGAUGGUGAGGCGGCUGAGCCUGAAGCAGAAGCAGAAGGUGACGACGCAUGGGGCGUGCGCGAGUAUCUUCGUGGGCGUUACUCUCCGCCACCAUUAGAUUCUGCCACGCUGGAGCCAGGCACGAUGCUCACGGAGCCUGUUGAUGACGCCAACCGACUUGCCUAUUUACGCGCUGCGCUCACGACGCCAAAGGCGGUAGUUGCGGAAAGUAGUGCAACUGGUCCUGGUGCACUAGAAGCUGCGGCUCGACGUGCAAUGGACGCGGCAGCUGGUGAAGACGCGGCGAGUGCUGGAGCGCAGUUCAGCGUGGAACAAGUACUGCCCGACCAGCCCUAUCUAUGGGCGGAUAAGUACCGUCCCCGUAAACCCCGCUACUUCAACAGAGUGCACACGGGCUUCGAGUGGAACAAGUACAACCAGACUCACUAUGACAUGGACAACCCGCCUCCCAAGAUUGUGCAGGGCUACAAGUUUAACAUUUUCUAUCCUGACCUCAUUGAUAACAACUCUACACCCCAGUUCUCGUUGAAACCAUGUGCGGAUAACCCAGAAUUCGCUCUUUGGUUCCACUUCAAGCGAUAUAGAUACAGACGAUAG